CGCGGGUCACGUGGCCCCGGCUCCUCCGGUCACGUGGGGGCGCUCAGGGCGGCUUUGUGGCCGCCAUGUUGUGCGGCCCCGGGCCGGGCCGGGCAUGGCGGGCGCCGGCAGCAACUGGCUCUCGGGGGUCAACGUGGUGCUGGUCAUGGCUUACGGCAGCCUGGUCUUCGUGCUGCUGUUCAUCUUCGUGAAACGCCAGAUCAUGCGCUUUGCCAUGAAGUCCCGCCGUGGCCCCCACGUGCCCGUGGGACAGCACGCACCCAAGGAUUUAAAGGAAGAGAUUGACAUUCGACUCUCGAGGGUGCAGGACAUCAAGUACGAGCCACAGCUGCUGGCAGAGGACGACGGCCGGCUCCUGCAGCUGGAGACACCAGGCUGCUAUAACUACCUGUACAGGAUGAAGGCACUGGAUGCAAUCAGGACAUCAGAAAUCCCAUUCCAAGCAGAGGGUCGUUACCCAAAGUCUUUAAUAGGGAAGAACUUCUGUGCCUACUUGCUGGAGCUGCGGAAUUCCAGCGCCUCCUUCAAAGGCAUCCGCAAAGCCUUGAUCGACACCUUGCUGGAUGGCUACGAGAGCGCCCGCUACGGCACUGGGGUCUUUGGGAAAACGGAAUAUCUGAAGUAUGAGGAAGCUCUGAACGAACUAGCAAACAUCACCAAGGCCCGGGGCGGCAGCAGCCAGCGGCAGCACCAGUCAGCAGUCAAAGACCUCACGCUGUCCCCUGAAGUCUCCAACCCCACCACCAUCCAGGUCACCUACCUUCCUUCCAGCCAGAAGAGCAAACGUGCCAAACACUUCCUGGAGCUGAAGAGUUUCAAGGACAACUACAACACACUGGAGAGCACCCUGUGAGUGUGCAGGGGCCUGGUGCAGUGGGGGUGUGCUGGGCUGGUCUGGGCUGCAGCGCUGAGAGGAACCAGCUGCGCUCUCAGAUCUCCCCCUCACCCCACUGUGGAAGUCAUCGCUCGGCGGGGGCUCCAUUCCAGCUGCUGGAGUUUGGCUCUCACCAGGGGCCCAUUCUGGAGCCUUCUCUGCCACAGGCUUAUCAAACUCCAGCCUUUGAGUCCUGCAAUGUCUUGGACCCUGUGAAUAAACUCAUGAGCUUGAGCUUAUUUAUAAAGACAUGGAUCCCAGCCAGCGCUCCCCUCCGCCCGUCCUUCCCUGCGGCAGCUGGCGGGAACUGAUGUUUGUCCGUCCUGUCUGUGAGGGUCUUGGGCACUGGAGCCACUUGUCUGUUUUCAGAAGGGUUAACACUUUUCCCCAUGAUGUUAUUGUUCCUGCUCUCAGCCCUUUGUGCCCAGCCUGCCCGUGCGCCUGGAUGGGGUUGAAAGUUUGGUGCCUGUUCUUAGCACCAUGGCUAAGCUACCACUUGGAGCUGAGGUUUCUACUCGUUCUCCUGCAAGUGGGCAUUUGGGGACGUCUCGAGUGGACAAAGCAGUGUUAAAUGUCUCAUCUGUUCUGCCAAGGGGGUGUUUGCUCCCACUCUCACCAGCGCCUCGCAUGCCAGCGUCUGCCGAGCUGCUGGGGCUGAGAGCUCGUGCCCCACCUUGGGCCUGCGUUCUGUCAGGCUGAGGGCACUCACUGCGGCGUGGGCAGCACAGAGUGGAGGCUACAGACCUCGGCACUUUUUAAUUACUGUUUAAUAAAAUGACAGUUUAGCUCAA